CCGCCUGAAAGCUCAUCCAGCUCCUGCAGCCAGAUGCUUGUCCCCUCACAUCAGGGAUCUCACUAGGUCGCAUCACAUCACAAUCCCCACGGUCAUUUCGCACUCACCCUCCAUACUACGCCAUGGCCGACGCAGCAGAGGAAUCGACACACGUCUCCGAACCCCUCGACCUGGUGCGUCUGCUCCUGGACGAGGUGGUCUUUGUCAAAUUGCGAGGCGAUCGCGAGCUUAAGGGACGGCUUCACGCCUACGACAGCCAUUGCAACCUUGUGUUGGGCGAAGUCGAAGAAACCAUCUACGUCGUCGACGAGGAGGAGGAAAGUGACGAGGUAAAGGUACGUUCGGCCUACGUCGUCGGUCGGCGGAAGUUACGGUGGACCUAAUGAUGGGGAGCAGACCGUUAGCAAAAAGUCCGAGAUGC